UACGCUUUAAGGGCUGAACGUAUAUUAGUGUUGUGUAUUCCUCGUGCCUCGUGGAUGUAUAUUGGUUACGUAGAAAAAUCAUUAUAUCAUUAAAACUGAUAAAGCGACAGGUACGGUGUUGUUACAAAAUUAUGGAAGUUCCUGGUCAAAGAGAGACGAAAGACAAAAAUAUCAAACCAUGUAGUUUCUGUGAAGAUUAUGAUAUAACAACUUAUGCAGAUGGAUUUUGCGUAGAAUGUGAAGUUAACAUUUGCAAUUCAUGUUUUGUGAAACACAAAGGGCGUAAAAGUAAUAGAAAUCAUUCCUUAGUAUCAGUCGAUGAUUCGAGUUCGAUAAAGGUAAUGGUUGGUGAUACGUAUGAAACAUGCCAAGAGCAUGAUGGAGAGUUUGUGAAGUUUUAUUGUCCAAAGCACGACCAAGUUGGCUGUGGAGAAUGUGGCGUUUUAAAUCAUAAAAGAUGCGGGUUGGAAUUCAUUCGGGACAAAGUUGCUGCCUUUAGUACAAGCCAAAAUUCUAGAGAUAUCAUACAAGACAUAACUGGAUGCAAGAAAGAGGCUGAAGAUAGUGCCUUAUUACUUGUGAUCAACAGACAACAGAUGGCCGAAUUCUAUGAGCAAUUUGUUCGUGACGUAGAGGCAUUUGCAGAUCAUGUGAUUGAGCGUAUACAAAUAAUGAAAAGUAGCGUUCUGAAACAGGCAAAGGAGGUUAUGUUGAACGACAAGAAAAAAAUGGACGAUCUACAGAAGCAGACCGACGAUUUAAUAGCAGAAUUGUCACGUCAAAAUAAUAUGCUAGAAUCAAAAAUUAAUCAGCCGAACAAGUUUUUCGUAGCUUCUCUGCAAGUAAAGUCGUAUUUGAAAAAGACGAAGAGAAAUGUUGAUAUUGUAAAAAAGAAAAAUAUCGUGACUCAGUAUAAAUUCAAGCGUGACGAAAAACUUGCUGAAUCAAUUAAAGAAAGCAAUGUGAUUGGGUCGCUCAUUGAACUGUCAGAAAAUAUUCAACAACAUCAAGAUGAAUUCAGGCAAACUAAUCCGGCUGAUAAUAGACAAGUUCAAGAUCCUUUACCUCAAGUUCAAGAUCCUUUACCUCAGGCAAGUCGAUAUAAGAAUUUUCAUUUAAAAAACUCAUUAUAGUUAUUUUGAGAUGUUCAAGUGGUUACAAAUGAACGUUUAAACUUGCAAUCCGAACAAAAAGAACAUAAGCGAGAAAGAUAAUUAUAAAAAAAUCUAAAGUGCAAAACAAAAAACUUUCUUACAGGCUUAUUGACCACAAGUUGUAUAGUGAAGUAAUUACGGACUAAGGUAAGAAUGUUAUCAUCUUAGAGAAAUGGCACACAAAGUAGUAAUUAAACAAUUUAACACAAUUCCCAAAACUGUAUUAGCCGAUACAAUUACAUAUAAGUCUUUGUACAGAGCACAUGAAAGUGAGCACAAAACUGUUGUUAGACAAACAGAGUAUUUCAUGCAAAACCUGAAUGUUUUUAGCAUUGUAACCAUUGAAAAG